AUGGGAAAAGCUGAGCAGAAGGAAAUAGGAGAUGAUGCUAACUUGACUAUAUCUUUUGCGGGGGAGCUACUAGAGGGUGCAGAAGAGCUUAUCAGGAUGGGGUUGCAUCCAAGUGAGAUCAUCACUGGUUAUUCCAAAGCAAUCAACAAGACUGUUGAAAUUUUGAAUGAUUUGGUUGAAGGUUCUGAAACGAUGGAUGUAAGAGAUAAGGAUGAUGUUAUUAAACGAAUGAAAGCAGCUUCUGUUGCUGGCAAGCAAUAUGGACAAGAGGAUAUAUUAUGUAAUCUGAUUGCUGAUGCAUGCAUUCAAGUCUGCCCCAAGAACCCGACCAACUUUAUAGUCGAUAAUAUCAGGGUUGCUAAGCUGUUGGGUGGAGGUUUGAACAACUCGAGUAUAGUACAAGGAAUGGUUUUGAAGAAUGAUGCUGUUGGGACAGUUAAGAGAGUGGAGAAGGCAAAGGUUGCUGUAUUUGUUAGUGGUGUUGACACAACUGCAACUGAGACCAAGGAAACGGUCCUCAUUCAUAGUGCUGAACAGCUAGAGAAUUAUGCGAAAACAGAGGAAGCUAAAGUUGGUCAAAUCUCAAUAAUUGAACUUCAAGGCCCAAGAAGUUUUAGAAUCAUAGAAUGCAUUGCUCUUGACCCGAUUAUGUAUUAUGCUCUCUUGUGUGAUAUAUUAACAGACAUAUGGUUUUGCCGAACUACUGGUGCUAUUGCUCUUAAACCUUAA